AUGGCGCCGCCGCCAACCUCGGAGUGGGGUCUCGACCCUCUGUUCUGGGUGAAUGUCAAGGUCGCGGUGUGCGAGAUUGUCGGCCCGGACGCGGUCGUGACGGACGCGGAGGGAGGGCACGGCGCGGUGCGGCUCUACCGCGGUCGACCUUUCCGUCGAUGCGAGCUCAUGGGUCACGUCGUGUCCUUGUACGCGAGGGACACGAAGACGCUGUUCGUCCUGGACGACGGCACGGGGACGAUCGAGUGCGUCGUGUGGAUGAAGUCCGAGGGCGACAACGGCGGGGGAGGGGACGGGGGCGUGAGCGUGGACGACUUCGGGAUCGAUCUGAACGCGCUGCGUUUAGGCGCGCUCGUGCGCGCGCAAGGGCGCAUCACGGACCGUUGUUUUGGUUAG